AUAUUAAAAUGGCCGCAAAAACAGAAGAUGUAAAGAACCGGGGGAUUCACACGAAAAAUGGCGGAACAAGCUUGUUGCCGAUCAGGAGAAGGAAAGGAAAAUGGAGGAGACUCGCAAGGCAUCACCGUAUGCGGCAUGCAAUUCGCCUACGAAUUGCAGCAUCCGCUUUUCUUCGAUUUCAAUCUUGACAUCGCUCGUGGAUCUCGUUGCCUUCUCGUCGGCGCCAACGGAUCUGGGAAGACGACAUUGUUGAAAAUUUUAGCAGGAAAACAUAUGGUGGGUGGAAGAGAAGUCGUGAGAGUACUAAACCGUUCGGCUUUUCACGAUACUCAACUUGUUUGUGGUGGUGAUUUAGCUUAUUUGGGAGGAUCUUGGAGUAAAACUAUUGGCUCUGCUGGAGAGGUUCCAUUGCAGGGAGACUUCUCAGCGGAACACAUGAUAUUUGGAGUUGAAGGGAUUGAUCCUGUAAGGAGAGAUAAAUUGAUUGAGUUGCUUGAUAUUGAUUUGCAAUGGAGAAUGCAUAAGGUAUCUGAUGGACAACGACGUCGAGUCCAAAUUUGCAUGGGUCUUCUUCAUCCUUUUCAGGUUCUUUUGCUAGAUGAGGUCACCGUGGACCUUGACGUUGUUGCGAGGAUGGAUUUACUUGAUUUCUUUAAGGAAGAAUGUGAGCAGAGAGGAGCCACAGUCGUAUACGCUACCCAUAUUUUUGAUGGUUUGGAGACAUGGGCAACACAUUUGGCUUACAUCCAAGAUGGUCAAUUGAAGAGAUCUGAGAAGUUAACAGAAAUUAAUGAGUUGAAAAGCUCAGAAAAUUUGCUCUCUGUUGUUGAAGCCUGGCUUCGCUCUGAAACCAAGUGUGAGAAAAAGAAACCGUCCAAUUCCCCUGCCCAAGUCCAGAAGUCCUCGCCUUUUGGUACUUCUCCUUUCAUGUCGUCGAGGCACAUGGCAUACUACCGUUGAUCUUUCUGAAUCCAGCUGUUUUUCAAUAAUUUUUGAAGGCCAAAACCAGAUACACGAGCGGAAAACUUUCUUUCUAGUCAUCUUCUAUUAACGUGGAGUUGGCCAUUAUGGAUUUAUAUACUUGUUAGCUUGCGGUUGCCUGAUGGAUGGCUACGUAUAUUUCUCUCUUUUGGCAGCGUUGUUUAAAAAUGAAAAUUGUGAAACUGAUGUUCUGUCUUUAGCAAAUAGUUUUGUAAUUUAUAAUCUACCUUGGUAGUGAAAUACAUAUGAUAUUUGUUGAAUGAAGUCGAUGCUGAAUAGGUGCUUGCUGAUCUUGUUGUCUACACAACAAAGCCCUGAUCCAACGAUCUGUCUUUGGCAAAUAAUGUAAUCUCAUUUCAAUAAUGGAAAAGCUUUGAGUACAA